AUACGAUUUGGUGCAAUGCGAACGAGCUCCCGCCCGCCGCCCCGGUCGGGGGAGCUCCCGCCGCCGCCGCCGCCUGCAUCCCAGCAGCCGCCGCCUGUAGCCAUAGCAACCGGCCCCCACCCGCCCCGCGCCGCGCCGCGCCCCUCGGGUCCCCCACGACACCCGCCCCAGCGCGGGAAGGCGCCCCGCCCUCGGCGCCCCGCAUCCGGCCGCCGCGCACCCCCGCCCGCUCAGCGCUUCCGAGCCGCGCAGAGGCGCCCCCUCCCGUCAGAGACGGGAAAUCCCCAGCGCCCCCAGACUUGGCUCCGCGUCCAGCUCCCCGAGGGGCUGGGGUUCUCCCGCACGCGCCCCGCACCUGCCCGGGGCCCGCACCCGCCCUCGCCGGGGCUCCAGUGGGCGCGACGGCCGAGGCCCGGCGCUCCCGGGAGGGGAGCGGGACAUCCCCGAAGGCGGCGCGCGGGAGGCGGGGAGCGGCUGGGGAGCACUGGGAGGGCGGGGAGCCCGCGGGAGGGGGAGGAGGGGGAGGAGGGGGAGGAGGCGCGAGAGUGGGGAGCGCGGCGGGAGGCGGGGAGGGAGCGGGAGGGAGGCAAGAAAGUAGCAGAAAGUGAGGCUGGCAGGCGGCGGCAAAGGAGCCGGCGCGCGGCGGCGGCAGGAAGUCUGUGCCCGAGAGCAGCAGAAAUAAGAGCCAGGGAGGGACCGCGGCGGCGGCGGCGGCGAGAGCGAAAGAGGAAACUGCAGAGGAGGAAGCCGCGCCGCAGCCGAAGCUGCCCGGCUCUGCGCCCGGCAUCCCCGCCGCCCCUGCGCCCGCGCCGCACCCCCGGCGCCCCCUCCCCAGCGCGCCCCCAGCCGCCCCUCCGCGCGGCGCUCGUCGGCCAUGGCCCGGGAGAACGGCGAGAGCAGCUCCUCCUGGAAAAAGCAGGCUGAAGACAUCAAGAAGAUCUUCGAGUUCAAGGAGACCCUCGGAACGAGGGAACAAAUCCUCAGAGAUGAUGGACCACCUGCCCAACCAGGACGGCACAGCUGGGUCAGGGUUCAUGCAUUCUUCUUUACUGAGGACAUCUUACCCGUGGGGACCUGCCAUAAAUGAACGGCAUGUAUAAUCACUAUGGAGCAUCUUGUCCACAUUGGCACACUUUUCUGGGUGCAAAGGGGCACUAGGAAUAAUUAUACUGGGACUGUCCUGGCAAACUGGGACAAGGGGGAUACCCUCCCUGUGAGUCCGUAUUUCCAGAUGGCAUGGUUUAUAUUGACCAUGAGUUUGCUUGAUUUAGAUGGCGUAUGUGCUGUAGAUGGCUGGCAUUCAGGAGCAUUUAUUAAUCUGUGAGUCUGUUUUCGAAGGUCACAGAUAUGAACCACACAAAGCCGAAUAGUCCCUUACUCUGUGUACAGAGGUCAUACACAAAUUUUGUUCAUGGUGGCUGAGCAAGAAAGUCUCUUUUAAGCAAAUAUAAAAUAAAACUAUGAGUGCUUGGAAAAAUCAUGAAGAAAGCCCUUAAGGCAAUAUAUUAUUGUAAUGAUUUUUCCCCCAGGGCUAGAUACUCAUGAGCCUUUUGGGAUGAAUAUGAUUAAAUCUGGGCAAGAAUAGAUAAUAAGCCUUUUUCCCCGUAGUACACUGAGAUGAACGGGGAUCUCUUGUCAUGCGCUUUGUGGAGGUAAAGCUUUGGAAAUGGAAACAAGUGUGAAUUUUCUCUUACAAACUCAUGAAGAAGACAUUUAGCCAACUGGCCACUCUGUAUGAAGCCUGAAGAUGUGCCUGUUACAUACGUGAGCACACAAUGUUUAUUGCGAUUCUAAGAAAGGGAAUAGUGUCCCUAUUCUGUGUAAGGGGCAAUUAUAGUUCAGGGUAGUUAAGUCAUUUCCCAAACCUGCUCAGCUGACUAGCUCUGGUGUUGGGAUUUGGAUCAAGGCCUGACCUGCUCCCGAGGCCCUGCAUCGCCCAGCUCUGCUCGCUAAACUCAGAGGCUGUUGGCAUCAACGCAGGACCAUCAUGAGGCUGCUCCCUUCCCUGUGAGUGGGGAGCCGAGGGUGGGCUGAACUCUCAGAUGGACAUGGAUAUCUUGUUUGGGGAAAGCACGGGACUGAAUUAUCUCAGUGUUACAAGUGACUGGUCUUAGGCAAACUGUUCUUCCUUUCUUGACCUCAGUUUCUUUUCUGGGAAAUGAGGUGGUUGAAGUUGAUGAUUUCUGUGUCAUCCAUGUCUCACAGUUGGUGGUCUUCACAUUCAACAUGGUAGCUAUUCCAGUGGGAAAAGAUGGCUCAGUAAUGGACAUGCUAAUAGUUUUGGUUUGUGCAAUCUAACCAAAUGUACAAACAGAUGGAGAAGUGCAAAUGUCCUGUUGUGAGCUUCACGGAAGCUUGGGGAAUUGACAGGGGUUCCAGGAAGGUCUUCCCGUAACCUCGGAGUCUGGGGAGGCAGUGGUUCCCCUAGGGUUUCUGCCAAGAACUAUUUUUGCAGAUUACUUUUUCAGACCCCUUCCUUCUGUCUGCAUUGCACCGCCAAGCUUCCUCUCUUUCUGUUCUAUCAUUAAAAUUGGAGACUGAGAUAAGAAGAAGUUGAGAUUAGGCUGGGUGCAGUGGCUCAUGCCUGUAAUCCCAGCACUUUUGGAGGCCAAGGUGAGAGGAUCACUUGAGGUCAGGAGUUUGAGACCAGCCUGGCCAACAUAUCAACAUCUCUACUAAAUGGUGUUUCUAGUGAAACCCAUCUCUACUAAAAAUAGAAAAAUUAGCCCGGUGUGGUGGCAUGUGCCUGUAAUCCCAGCUACUUGGGAGGCUAAGGCAGGAGAAUCGCUUGAACCCUGGGAGGUGGAGGUUGCAGUGAGCCAAGAUUGUGCCACUGCCCUCCAGCCUGGGAGACAGAGUGAGACUCUUCCUCAAAAAAAAAAAAAAAAAAAAAAAAAGGUUGAGAUUGUCCAGAAUAAGACAAUUAAUUUGAGCACAGUCUUCAAGGACCCUACAUGUGAGGUUCUCCUGUGGAAAGUAAAACGGAGUGGCUGCCUUCACAAAGCUUUUAUUCACAUCAGCGUUCCUGCUUUGAGCAUUCAUGGAGAGGCCAUCACAAUUUGAUGACAUGCUGAUAACUCGUCUUCAGAAAUAUGUAGUAUAUAUUUAGGACCUAGUUAGGUGCACAGCAAGGCUGGCUCCAAGAGGCUUUCUGGAUUACAUUCAUCCCCCUUCUGCCUUGUCCUGAAAUGAGAUCAUUGUUGCCAGGGACACAUGGAAAUUACCAACGUCAGAAGCUUCUAGUGCCUGGACCUUACUGUGUACAACGCAUUUGCUUAAACAUACUGUCUGAGCAAAGUCCAAUUAUUUGGAACCAAGUUACUGAUGAUAAACAUAAUGAUCACAGUGUCUACCAUCAGGCACCACCACAGAACGGGAGACUCUCCAGGGAAUCCUCAAAGUGGAAGCAGUCCAAACCAUGCCUCCCGUUUUGCACAGAAAUCACGUGGGAUGGCGCUUACUCCUUCAAGGCCUACCUUGCGUGCUCCAGUGAUAUGUACAAAAUGCAGACUAAUUAUCGCUGAGGAAUGAGAGUUAAAACUCCCAUCCCUGACACUGCCUGGCCUUCCUCUGUUUCCUAAGCAAUAAUGUUUUCAUCACGUUCUCUCUGGGCUGCUCACAAACUGAAAAAUCGCUUUUGCUGGUCUUUCUAUCUGGGUGGUUGAUACAGCAGAUAACUGUUAAAUGAUGAGGCCAGGGAAUCGAUAAUAAAGUCAGAGGAGAUUUUCUGUCUCUAAUUACAAAGACUUAUAAUCAAGGAAUCAGAGAACGCUCUCGUAGUAAAUUUCUACCAAGUCCCUUACCCGUCUCCUCCCAAUAAAGGAUUAUUAGAAAUACCACACAGGGGACAGCUUUGGACAGCCCAGCCCAUCACUUCCAGCUGACAGCCCUCUCCCUGUGCAGGAUAUUGAGCAAUUAAAUAAUUCCUGUAACAGAAAAAUCUUUUUUCAUUUAUAAUUAGAAAAGUUUAUAAUUGGAAACUGCAAUUUCCAAUUUAUAAUUUUCUUAAUUUGGUGCUUUGUCUCCAUUCCUCUACUCAGCAGACUGACCACUUGGUCAAAAGCAUCUUGUUUCUCUUUUUAUUUUUAAGAAUGACCUUUCUGAAAAUCAGUGUAUUGAAGAGAUAUUUGCUUUCCUGUGUUAGUUGCAGCGCUGUUCACAGUAGCUUAGAUUUGGAAGUGAACUAAGCAUCUAUCAGCAGAUGGGUGGACAAUGAAAAUGUGGUACCUAUACGCAAUGGAGUAGUAUUCAGCCAUAAGAAAGAAUGAGAUCCUGUCAUUUUCAGCGUGGAUGGAACUGGAGAUCACUGUGAUGAGUGAAAUAUGCCAGGCACAGAAAGACAAACAUUGUGUGUUCUCACCUAUUUGUGGGCUCUGAAAACCAAAACCGUUGACCUCAUGGAGAUCGAAAGUCGAAGGAUGCUUUCUAGAGACUGGGAAAGGUUGGGGGCAGGGGCAGGUAGGAAGUGGGGAUGGUUAACCUGUACAAAAAAUAGAAAGAAUGAAUAAGACUAUUAGCACAUUGGGAUGACUAUGGUCAAUAAUUAAUUGUAGAUUUAAAAAUAACUAAAAGACUAUGAUUGCAUUGUCAGUAACACAAAGGAUAAUUGCUUGAGGGGGUGGAUACCCCAUUCUCCAUGAAGGGAUUGUUACACGUUGCAUGUCUGUAUCGAAACAUCUCGUGAACCCUGUAAAUAUAUAUACCUACUAUGUACCCACAAAAAUUAAAAAUGAAAACAUUUUAAAAGACUGCUUUUUCUGACUGCACCGCUUUGUUUAUUGACAAUGGUUGGUGUUUCUCUGCACUGAAUUAUCUUUCCCUUGGAUUGUUUAUCUGGCUAUGAGAUUAUCUGAAUGGAAGGAAGUAGCUCUUAAGUCACUCCAAGUACCAUAUCCUGCUUCUCAUUCCAUAACGUGAUGCAGUCCUCUUUCACAGACUGGCCCAGGCAUGAGUUGAUCCUUUUAAAGGAUCAUUUUCCUGCCAUCAAUUUCCGAUCUAUUUACUUUGCAGCCGCAGCGUAGAUACUAUUUUGUGCUUUAUGUAAGGUGUUAGACAUCAAGGGUUUGUGCUUUGUUAGUCUUCAGUGCCUUAUGAUAAUGGCUCUGUGUUACCAUGACCCACCCUACCUCCCACCACUCUUCAAAGUGACACAGUGCCUGCAGUCUAACCGGGUCAUCUUUAUGGCCACUUUUACUAAAGAGGUGAAAUUGGCUGAUAGUAACAGACAAAUUGGUAGGAACAGUGUUUUGACUAACAUGGCAUAAAUAGAUUGUGAGUUUUUUAUCAUCUCAUGUAAAAUAAUUUUAAAAAUAGGGUCUGCAAGGCUAGUAUGGGGGCUCUAUAGAGAUUCAAGAAACCCUGGCUUCUUUCUAUUUAUUUCUGUCCCAUCACCAUUAGAAAGAAACUGCGUCCUUAAGGUCACAAGCUGACUACUGGGGAUCCAGCCAUCACAUUCUCACUCCAGGACCUCUCCUGGGCAAGGGACAAAAGAAUCUGCCUGAGAGCUGAAUCAUCCCCUUUGCAAGAGUUCUUUGGUAAGCCUCACAGGAUGGCUUGGCUGGAGUCUCAUUGGCUACCUCCAGCUGAAAGGGAUUUUGUGGACUGUACUUCUAUAAUUUGGUGCAAGAGGCCAAUGUUAGCUCUUGUAACAAACAAACCUCAUUCAUUCAUUCAUUCAUUCAUUCAUUCGAGACUGAAGUGCAGUGGCAUGAUCUUGGCUUCUCCUUCUGCAACCUCCCCCUCCUGGUUCAAGUGAUUCUCCUGCCUUGGCCUCCUAAGUAGCUGGAAUUACAGGCAUGCACCACCAGGCCUGGCUAAUUUUUGUGUUUUUAGUAGAGAUGGGGUUUCAUCAUACUGGCCAAGCUGGUCUCGAACUCCUGAUCUCAAGUGAUCCGCCCACCUUGGUCUCCCAAAGUGCUGGGAUUAUACUCAUGAGCCACCGUGGCUGGCUGAACCUCCACAAUUUAAUGGCUUAACAAAAUAAGCCUUUGUUUUUCUCUUAUCAGGGAUCACACAGAUAUUUUUGUUUGGCAGUAGGUCUUCUGCGUGGGGACUGAGACCUGAGCUCCUUGUAUCUUGUGGACUGUCUUCCUCCAGGAUCUUCUGCAUUCAGCGGGCAGGUGGUGAACUAGAAUGGCGAGUCAUGUGUGAAAGAUGUCUGUGGGCCAGCCUGGAAGUGGCCAUGUUAUUUACUUAGGCUCCAUUGAUGGAGCCCAGUCAUGUGGGGCUGCAGAUACCUGCAAGGUUGGGAACUAGAGUCUAGCUCUGUGCCUGGGAAGAGAAGGAAACAGGUUUGGUGAGCAGCUAGCCAAUGGCCACAUGGCUGUCCUGGUGAUGCCAGGAUCCUGUUAGCAGUAAAGAUGUUAAGACAAGCUGAGACACAGAAAGUGAGACACAGUCGCUGCUGCAGCCCAUUGUGUGCGCCUGCUCGCUUUCCCCAUGGGGACUCUGCCUGCUCUCGGUUAUCUGCCCACUGCAGGGCCCUUCGCACAUCUGUCCACAGCCAGGCCUGGCCCUGCCUCUCCCAGCUCUCAAACACCAGCUCUGGCUCCAGCUUCUUAGGAUACCACCACAUUUUACGCUGUGUGUGUGUGUGUGUGUGUUUAUUUUUUUUUUUGAGACGGAGUCUUGCUCUGCCGCCUAGGCUGGAGUACAGUGGUGUAGGCUCCGCUCGCUCCCUGCAACCUCUGCUCUCUGUCUCCCGGGUUCCAGCAGUUCUCCUGCCUCAGCCUCCUGAGUAGCUGGGAUUACAGGCAUGCACCACAAUGCCCAGCUAAUUUUUGUGUUUUUAGUAGAGAUGGAAUUUCACCAUGUUGGCCAGGCUGGUCUCGAACUCCUGACCUCAUAAUCCACCUGCCUCGGCCUCCCAAAGUGCUGGGAUUACAGGCGUGAGCCACUGUGUCCAGCCUGCUCUGUUCUAGAGUGACUUGUUUUGAUUUGUUCAGUGUUUUCUGGUUCUUGUUUUUUAUUUUUAUGUUUUCCUCCUAACAUGUGAGAGCAGGGACUUUAUUCCCUCCUUCCAUCGUCAUUAGCGGUUAAUUGUCACCUUGUUAAGUGGUAUUUCCUCCUCAUGGGAAUGGCUGAUAAGUCCUCCAUCAAAUCAGCUCCAAGAAAUAAUGGGGACAGGGGUUACAUAGCAAAAGUUAUUAAAACUGUCUGGCCAGCAUCCGGAGGCCAUUCUGAGGACCCCUCGGCCUCUUUUGUUAGGUUCUAACCAUGUUGCUUGUGUACUCUGGGUACAUGGACAAGUUUACUGGGGAAGAUUCCCACUCCUGAAAGAAGACUCAAAUGUGGCUGCUUUGUGAAGGUUUGGUGCCUGAUUUUGGCUGGCAAAGUUUAGAUCUCUUGCCUCUGAGUUCUUGUCAUGUUUCCUGAACAGUUUCAUGGUAGCAUCUAUCGCUUCAUCCAUGCAGUUACUAUUUACCCACUGCACUAAGAAUCGAGUGUAGAAUUUCCAUCUUCUCAUUGAAUCUCUUUAUCAUCCCAUGAAGUUGUGGUCUUACCAUCUCUGUUUUACAGAUGAGGAUACAGGCUCAGAGAGGAUCAGUACCUUGGGCUGGACUUCUGAGUGUGCCUGUGAGCUGCUGUGCUGGGAUGCUGCAUAUCAAUCUGGAUUUUCCAUAGGGUGCUGGGACCUAGGGUCUCCUUUCCUGUGUGUUCUAACUCUGCAGUUUCCUGAAGCACCAUUAUCUUUUAUGCCUUUGGUUAAUUUUAUAAAAAUCAUGUAAGAUUUCAAACUUACCAAAGAGCGUAGAAAAAAUAAGUGAACAGAUUACCAUGUACCCACCACCCAGAUUGAGCAAAUGUUAAUUAACAUUUUGCCAUCUUUGCUUCAGAUUUCUGAAAGAAAAAAAAAAUUAUGGAUCCAGCAACACUUCCUUUUUUUAAAAAUUAAUUUUUUGAGAUGGAGUCUCACUCUGUCUCCCAGGCUGGAAUGCACAGCUGUGAUCUCGGCUCAUUGCAACCUCCACCUUCCUGGUUCAAGCCAUUCUUUUACCUCAGUUUCCCAAGUAGCUGGGAUUACAGGUACACACCACCACACUGUGCUUUUGUAUUUUUAGUAGAGACGGGGUUUUGCCUUGUUGGCCAGGCUGGCCUCUGUCUCCUGAGUUCAGGUGAUCCACCUGCGUCCGCCUCUUUCAGUGCUGGGAUUACUGGCGUGAGUCACCACACCCAGCCUUCAAACCAUCGUACCCCCUCUUUCCUCUCCAGGGGCAACCUUUACCCAAAG